CACAGGAUGAUUGGUGAGCCAUGCUCAGGCUCAAGAAGAGACCGUCGUAGCAGAUAUGUCUAUAUGCUUCAUAGAAGGAGUAGGGAACCCUACUUUCCCGUCGUCUCAUCCUGUAUAAAGCCGAGCAACACAUAAGCAAUCCAGAAUACUUGCUCGCUGACUUCGCCCCGAAUCUUGAAACCUCCUCUUUCUUCUCGAAAUCUAUCCCGAGAUCCUUUCUACAGGCAAUCCAUGAUCGUCCAGCUCAGACCUUAAAUCCAUAAACAUCCCUACGUACCACAAGCCUGUCAGUCACCUGGAAAGGGAAGGUCGUUGUAGCGUCAGCUGUUCUCAGCGCCCUGUUUUCUCCCGGCGUGGCGCUUUGCUCCUCAUCCUACUCUACAUCAUUAUAACUUCAAAAAAUAUCAAAUAUCGGUCGACGCCAAAAACGACAUAUCAUGUGCACGGGCGAUAGCACUGGUUCCGGGUGCGAAAUCCCGGCAAAUGAGACCCCCUCCUCGGAAUGCAGUGAGCAUAGUCAACAUACCAGCAGCGAUUCCGAAGGCGAAAGCCCAGUAGAUGGGGACCAGGACGCGGGAAUCGAAGAGGAGACCCAAGAAUAUGGGGCACCACUCUCCCGUUACCUUGGUGAGGCUCCGGAAGAUGAGCAUUGGAACGAUCGAGCGAGAAUCGAGUCUCCGGAUCAUGAAGAUAGUGCCAAUGAGGAAACCGGAGAGAGUAUCGAAUUGCGGAGUGGUGAGGAGUAGAUGCUUUCGCGGAAGAAGGGCCUCCAUUGAUGAUCCAUAGACUGGUUAUGUCCCUAAGACCGGAAUCUUCGGGACCAGCUGAACCAAUUUCAUUCAUAAUUUUGCAAUCAAUUCUGGGCAUAUUCUGGGUCAAAAUAUUUAAUAUUCUUUUAUGUCACUUACUACUAGAAUUAAGUGAUAGAUACUAUGGCAUUCCUUAUC